AUGGAUGUCUACAGGUUGUCUGCUUCAGUCUCUGUCCACGACGCUCGAAAAGCCGGCGCAGAGGUUGUAAAGCAGGUGGCUAAUCCAUUGGUAUCAGGUCUUCUCUAUCCUCUCCUUCAAGCUCUAGACGAAGAACAUCUUGGCGUUACUGCCCAAUUUGGUGGAGUGGAUCAGCGCAAGAUUUUUAUGCUGGCUGAGAAGGUUCGUCGCUCUAUGAACCACAUCUGA